AUGGUCCUCCCAUCACCAAACGAUUUUUGGAACUCGUAUCUUACGAGACUUUUUUCGGGAUGGCCGGACCACCAAACGACGUCCGAGCAUCUCUUCUCUCUCUCGUUGGUGUUCUUUCUCACGUUCACGGCCGAGUUCAUCUCGAAUUACCCGACACGAGAACGAUGGGAUGACCGGAGAUUGGCGGCGCUUGGUGGUGCCGCCUUGCGUGGGCUCAAGAUGUUCAUGACUUAUCUAGCGGUCGUGGCCAUAUUGGCCACCGAUUUCGUGUUCCUCCUGGCGGCUGUCGGCGGCCAUGCUGCCGGAAGUUUUGUUGCCGGGCUGUAUGAGUACCAUAUUGAACUAGCUGUUGGGUCCAAUGGGUACAAUGGUGGCUAUUUUAGAUUAUAA